CGCCUAUAAAUUACCAUCUCAUCUCAGUGCAUCUUCACACAGCAUCUCGCCGUCACCGGAAAAGCCGCCGCAAACAGCUAGCGCACAGUCGUCGUCCAUGCAAAUGGCCAGGCUGGGAGCACUGCUUCCGCUGCUGGCCAUGGCGGCCGUCCUCCUGCUCGCCGUCGCGGCCACCACCGCGCCUUCCGACAGGCCACCCAAGGCGCAGGGUCCCAAGCCGAAGCCGAAGCCCAUGAAGGUGAAGUGCCACCACCGUAAGCUCUACCCUUACUGCACCGCCAAGCCCAUGGAGUGCCCCGCCGCCUGUUCCCAGUCAUGCUACGCCGACUGCAGCUCCUGCAAACCCGUCUGCGUGUGCAGCGUGCCGGGGGCGUGCGGCGACCCGCGCUUCAUCGGCGGCGACGGCAACGCCUUCUACUUCCACGGCCGGCGAGACGCCGACUUCUGCGUGGUCUCCGACCGCGACCUCCACAUCAACGCCCACUUCAUCGGCAAGCGCGGCGCGGACGGCAUGUCGCGGGACUUCACGUGGAUCCAGGCCAUCGCCGUGCUCUUCGACGGCGGCCACCACCAGCUCUACGUCGGCGCCAGGAAGACCGCCGCCGGCGCGUGGGACGACGACGUCGACCGCAUGGAGCUCACCCUGGACGGCGAGCCCGUGAACCUCCCAGAGGGAGCCGACGCCACGUGGACCUCCGCCACCGUGCCGGCGCUGUCCAUCACCCGCACCAGGGCCGCCAACGGCGUGCUCGUCGCGCUCGCCGGCAGGUUCAGCAUCAGGGCCAACGCCGUGCCCAUCACCGACGAGGAGUCGAGGGUGCACCGGUACGGCGUCACGGCCGACGACUGCCUCGCGCACCUCGACCUGGCCUUCAAGUUCGACGCGCUCACCGGCGACGUGCACGGCGUGGUCGGACAGACGUACCGCCCCGACUACGUGAACGGGUUCGAUGUCAAGGCGUCCAUGCCCACCAUGGGAGGGGAGGGCAACUUCACCACGUCCAGCCUCUUCGCCGCCGACUGCGCCGUGGCGCGUUUUGCGCCUGGCGGUGGUCGUCCCGGUGACGACGAUGGCGUCGCUAUGGUGUCAGAGGCAGAGCUCGCUGGCAUCACCUGUGCCAGUGGCAUGAGCGGCCAAGGCGUGGUGUGCAAGAAGUAACGAAAGGCAAGGUGUGCUUCUAUACUUAUUUGUACGCCGAAGAAAGAACCAGAGUUGGGUAAACUAUAUAUAUGAUGAUGAUGUCGGAGUUGUUUAAGCAAUAAUCAAUGUAAUCCUAUGACAUUCACACAGUAAUAAAGUGUGGCCAUUAUUGGUUGA